CCCUAUCUCACCUUAACGAAUCUAUAACAAACCUAUAGCAAUCGAUCACGAUGGACCAACUAGACAGAGAAUCUGAUGCUGAAUUACAGUUUUCCACCUCCAAAAAGGUCAAGGUGGUGGCCACGUUCGAAGAGAUGGACUUGAAAGAGGACCUACUCCGAGGCAUCUACGGCUAUGGGUUCGAAGCGCCGUCUGCCAUCCAAUCGCGUGCCAUUAUGCAGAUCAUUUCGGGUCGUGACACCAUCGCACAAGCCCAGUCGGGGACCGGUAAGACCGCCACCUUCACCAUUGGGAUGUUGGAGGUGAUCGACACAAAAAACAAGGAGACCCAGGCGCUCGUGUUAUCGCCCACGCGAGAGUUGGCAGUGCAGAUCCAAAACGUGGUCAAGGCCUUGGGAGAUCACAUGAACAUCCGUACCCACGCCUGUAUCGGAGGCACCCACGUGGGGGAAGAUGUCAAAGUUUUGCAGCGUGGGCAGCACAUUGUCAGUGGAACGCCUGGGCGUGUCAAGGACAUGAUUGCGAAGGGGAAUUUGUCGGUAAAGAACAUCAAGAUGCUCAUUUUGGACGAAGCUGAUGAGCUUUUGACUAAAGGCUUCCAGGCGCAGAUCUAUGACAUUUAUCGAUUCUUGCCCCCAGCGACGCAAGUUGUGGUUGUCAGUGCCACGUUGACACGCGAGGUCUUGGAAAUGACCAAUAAAUUUAUGAGCGACCCCGUCCGAAUUCUUGUCAAGCGAGACGAGAUUUCUUUGGAGGGUAUCAAACAGUUCCAGGUGCAGGUGGAGAAAGAGGAAUGGAAGUUCGACACGUUGUGCGACUUGUACGACUCAUUGACCAUCACCCAGGCGGUCAUCUUCUGCAACACCAAGAAAAAGGUUGACUGGCUCAAUGAGAAAAUGAAGCAGUCGAACUUUACUGUUGUCGCGAUGCACGGUGAUAUGAAACAGGACGAACGAGACUCAAUCAUGAACGACUUCCGUUUGGGGAACUCGAGAGUAUUAAUCUCCACUGAUGUGUGGGCCCGCGGGAUCGAUGUUCAGCAGGUGUCGCUCGUCAUCAACUAUGACUUGCCAAACGACAAGGAGAACUACAUUCAUCGAAUCGGGAGAUCCGGGAGAUUUGGCAGAAAGGGAGUAGCGAUCAACUUUGUCACGAAUGACGAUGCCCAUACCUUGCGUGAUAUUGAGAAUUAUUAUUCGUCAAAGAUCAAUGAAAUGCCGGCAAAUAUUAAUGAUUUAAUGUGACACGCGAAAGCUAGCACGAUCGAGGUUGACUAUUGACUUUUCAUUUCCACUCCAAACUUCGACUCUAAUUUUAUUUUUCACUUUAAUCAGUUUUACCGACUCUCUUUACCUAAUUUCCACUCGAUUCAUGGCGUCAUUUUGUGCGACUUCUUUGAUUAUCUCAAUUUUUGUACCCCUUGGGGCCUAGUUAUUGUUUCUGGGUUUGGUUAAUUCCAUAAAUUUACACGUUUUUCAAGCCUUAAGGGCUAGUAUCUAUGACUGCA